UGGAAUUUUCGUCAUGCUGUGCGAGCCUAUCUCAGUAUAGGGCAUCCUCUCCCAUGUGCUAGAAAUUUCGGCCAUUCGCCGGUUUGUGAUUGGCUGUGAUUUAAAAGCACUGGCUGAACAAGAAAUAUUCGUUGUCGUUGGUUGUGGUCUUUGCAUUAAAAAGUGACCAGCAGUUGGUUCUUCGAAUAGGAGCUUUACUGGCGGUUCUAAUUGCAAAUGGCUGCUAUGUCUGUGAUAGGUAUUGACUUUGGUAAUGAAUCUUGUUACGUUGCUGUUGCAAGGGCUGGUGGAAUAGAAACCAUAGCGAACGACUACAGUUUACGUGCAACACCAUCAUGUGUAGCACUCAGUGGGAAGAAUCGCAUCCUAGGAGUUGCUGCGAAGAAUCAAAUGGUAACAAACAUGAAAAAUACAAUCCACGGGUUCAAACGGUUUCUUGGACGGAAAUAUAAUGAUCCACAUGUACAACAGGAACUGAAAUAUCUCCCUUUUCGGGUAGUUCAGCAACCUAAUGGCAGCAUUGGUGUGAAGGUCAACUACUUGGAUGAGGAACACACGUUUUCUCCUGAACAAAUUACAGCCAUGUUGUUCACAAAGUUGAAGGAAGUAUCUGAGAAUGCUUUGAAGACCAAGGUCAAUGAUUGUGUUAUCUCGGUUCCAUCAUUUUUCACAAAUGCUGAGAGGAAGGCAUUGUUGGAUGCUGCGUCAAUUGCAGGGCUGAAUGUUCUGCGUCUGAUGAAUGAAACAACAGCAACAGCCCUGGCAUAUGGGAUCUACAAGCAAGAUCUGCCUGCCCCCGAAGAGAAACCCAGGAAUGUAGUGUUUGUGGAUUGUGGCCAUGCUUCCCUUCAGGUUUUUGCAUGCGCAUUCCAUAAAGGCAAAUUGAAGAUGCUGGCAAGUGCUUCAGAUCCUAACCUUGGUGGACGUGACAUUGAUCUGAUCUUAGCUGAACAUUUUUGCACUGACUUCCAGUCUCGUUACCAUAUUGACCCACACAGUAAUCACCGUGCUUUCCUUCGUCUUACUUCUGAGGUUGAAAAGCUUAAGAAACAGAUGUCUGCCAACUCAACCAAACUUCCAAUGAACAUUGAAUGCUUCAUGGAUGACAAGGAUGUUCACGGUGAUAUGAAAAGGGCUGAUAUGGAGCAGUUAUGUGGCCACCUAUUCAAAAGAGUCGAGAAAACUUUGCGCAAAUGUUUGGAGGAUUCAAAGCUGCAUCUUGAAGAAAUACAUGCUGUGGAGAUUGUAGGAGGUUCAAGCCGCAUACCUGCUAUCAAACAUGUUAUUGAAGUCGUGUUUGGGAAACAGCCGAGUACAACACUAAACCAGGAUGAAGCUGUAUCGAGAGGGUGUGCAUUGCAGUGUGCUAUGCUGUCACCAGCCAUUAGAGUUCGAGAGUUCAGCAUCACAGAUAUCCAGAAUUAUCCCAUCAAACUUGUUUGGGAUGCUUCUAUGGGGGAAGAUGGUGAGAUGGAGGUGUUUUCUCAGAACCAUGCUGUUCCAUUCUCAAAAAUGCUUACUUUCUUCCGCAAGGAACCAUUUUCAAUGAAAGCAUUUUAUGCUGGUAACAUUCCUUACCCUGAUCCUUACAUUGGCCAGUUUGUUGUGAAAGAUGUGAAGCCUUCACCAGAGGGUGAAAGCGUGAAAGUAAAGGUGAAAGUACGUGUGAACUUACAUGGAAUCCUGACGAUCAGCAGUGCAUCAUUAGUCCUGAAACAGGAUGCUUCAGAGCAGGAUACAAAUGAACAGGACAAUGCGGGACCUGAGGCAAUGGAUACUGAGGCUCAAAAGAAUGAAGUGAAUGGGUCAGCGAACCAGCAGCAGCAGGGACAGACCGAGAACUCGCAGGCAAAUCACAUCGGUAAUGAGGAUGAUACAGAAAACCAGACCGCUUCAGAGAAAAAGGAUGGAACAAGAAAGAAGAAGCAGCUGGUGAAAACAGUGGAACUUCCAAUUGAGGCAUAUACUCAUGGAUAUUCUCAAGCAGAAUUGAAUAACUACAUUGAACUGGAGUGUAAAAUGGUUGCAAGUGAUCGACAAGAAAAGGAACGUAUAGAUGCUCGGAAUGCAUUGGAAGAAUAUGUCUAUGAAGUGCGAGGUAAAUUAAGCAGUGAGGAGGAAUUGGCAACAUUUGUCAGCGAAAAUGAUCGCAACUCCCUUUGUCGUCAGCUGGAUAAUAUGGAGAACUGGCUGUAUGAAGAAGGAGAAGAAUGUAAUCGACAAAUUUAUGUUGACAAAUUAAAUGUGCUUAAGAAUUUAGGUGAGCCAAUCAAAACAAGGCGACUGGAGUUUGAACUGCGUCCAAAUGCAUUAGAGGAAUUAGCGUGUGUUCUGCAGCUAACGCGAAAGGCUGUGGAUCAGUACAGAGCUGGAGAUGAGCGGUACUCUCACUUGGAAGAAUCUGAUAUUCAGAAGGUCCAGCAAACUGCUGAACAGACUCACAGGUGGCUAGAAGAGAAGCGAGCUGCCUUGGCAGGAACGCCACGUACCCAGAAUCCACCAGUCACUGUAGCACAGAUCAGACAAGAAAAGCAGAAUUUUGAAAAUGUCGUAAACCCAAUUUUGACGAAGCCGAAACCAAAGGCAGAUCCACCUCCACCUGUCAACAAGGAAAAUGGCAACACAGCAGAAAAGAAAGAUGCGCAGGAAGACGACAGUCCUAAACAGGAACAGCAAAGUGACGAGAACAUGGAUGUAGAAUAAAUUAUUAUUGUAAUAAGAAUUGUUUACUAGCAGAUAUUCACAACAGCUGUGGACCCCACUUAUGUAUUUGAUGAAUGAAGAAAUUUAUUUCCACAACUUUACCAGUAUUGGAAUUAUGUAUAUCCAUUGUAAUUUAACGUACCCACUGGUGGGUUACGUUGUACUGUGUAUAAGAAGUUGAGAGCUGUAUAAUUCAUUGCUGCUAUACUUGCACAUGCUGAGUAACUUUCAGUGCCUUCAUGUGGCACCUGUUAAUCACUUAGCAUUUCACUUGUCUCUACUAGUAAAGGAAAGUUUAAAUGAAAGUACAUUGCAUUAGGGAAGCCGUUAAUAAAAAUUAACAGGACACAUUGAAUAAUAUAUAAUUACCAAUUACCAACAAAAGGUACUAGGGAUAUUCCACUUUACUGCUUUCAUUCCGUCUUCGAGAAGGAAUAUAUUUUCCUUUUUUUUUUUUUCCUUUCUUUUUUAUUGUAUAGGUCUCUUGUUUCAUUAUGACAAUUUAAUUAGUAAGUUGAUUGAUUGUAUUGAUUACUUGGGGGGGGGGGGAUUCCCGUCACUAGAACCAUAGACGCCUCGAAAUAUAUCUCUUCACAGCUUUUUGUAUAAUCAGUGCUUUUGUUGCGCACCAAAUCUCUCGCUGGCCUCGUGCACCUCCCCCUUGGAUUUUCACAUGCUCAAAUCAAUGAGGGAAGGGGAGGGGAAAGCAAAAUACUUCAUGGCAUUAUCUUAGGCAAUUUAAAUAUCAGGUUGUCAAUUUUGAAACAUAUAUUCUCAGGUUUAAUAUAACUGUCUCUGUAAAUUUUACAUCUGAGUUUUUCCUUAAUUGCCCAGCAUUUGAGAGGGAUCUAUGCAUGUGUAGAAAUCACAUUCACACUAAGAGCACCUAAAUUUCUUGUAAUAUGCAAUUUGAAAUUGGAUGAAAGUGUAGAAUUUUACUCCUUACAGUAUAACUGUUGUAAAUGGUUUUCAAUUGAAACAGUACAAUUAUAUCAUGUUUCAAUUAUAAUUUGUCUCGACUGGUACAAUUAUUUCCUCCCUUAGGUGUGACUGCUCUUAUUUGUAUGUGAGGUGGUCAGUUCCUGUAAGGUAGAUGAAUUUUUAAUUAUUCAGACGGUGCUUUGUUCUUGGUUUGCGUUACCAAGUUUCCUUAUAAAAUUUGUCAUGAACAGCAUUUACAAAUUUUGUUGUUUCUCUCAGAUUUGGUGCGUAUACUUACAAGUGGUGCAGGAAAAGAUGACUCUUUUUAAAAAGAACGUUAAAAGUGAACAUCUAUGAAUUUGAACGAAUCUCAUGUAAGCUGUGUAGAACAUGCCUGUGUCUGAAGGUGUGUAUAAAAAGAUUUAGUUUGGUGGUUUUGUUACACAGAAAAAUUAUUUUCCAAUUUGAAUGUUAAAAUUACACUUUUAUAAUUCGGUCACACUUUUAUCAGAAUCAUUGUUUGAUAUGGUCACCAUUUUUUUUAUUAAACUUGGAACAUGUCUUUUCUCUUGGUUGAUGACUGUUUUAGUGACAUGAGAUAUCAUACAUUUUCAGUUCUUGCAGUAAAUCCAGGGACUGAAAGUGUUGUCUCUGGUUUUGUAUACUAGCUAUGUUAUGAAUGUGGUAAUCUAAUGGAUUUGAAUAUGAAGAAUUUGGUGGUUAUUCUAUGGAUUUGGCAAAUUCAGCUCUAGUGCCAUCUAACACUUCCACAGAGCAUGUAAUGUGAGUGUAAAAAUGCCUGUUUUUGAUACUCAUAGUAUACCUUUCUGUGUAACAAAUCGACUGAAUAAAUCUUUUUGUACAUGCUUGGGUUUCUGAGUUUCAUUUACAUCCAUGAAGCCACCUGUGUUUGUGUCACAUUGUACCUUUAUGUUGCUUCAGCUGUGUUGAAAUAAAAUUGUAACAGUUUUGCUUGAA